AUGGACGGCAGGGGCAAGACACUCGGAUUUGGGUCAGCGAAGAAGUCUGAAUCAAGGAGCAGCAAGGUGGGGCUGGCUCCAGUUUCCUUUUAUAUGGGUUUUCUAGACAUUCUGAUGUUAUCCGAUUAUGUGGCUGGAGGUAAAGUUUCAGCUAUGGAAGAAGCAUUUAAUCGAAAUUUACUCGGAUCUUUUCUUCUGACAAAGAGGAGAAAACUCUAUAUGGGAUAUAGUGUGGCGAUGAAGUUGUUCUUCGCUUUGCUAGCUAGGAUUUUGGAAGAAGAAGCGUAUGAGAAGGUUCAAGAGGAAGUGUUGAAAGAUGAGACAAGGAUCCAAGUAGAGGAUGGAAAUCGAUGUGAGGCGGAGAACUCCGACAAGUGGGUGUGUGAAGUGAGAGAACCGAACAAGAAGUCAAGAAUUUGGCUAGGAACUUUCGCCACCGCGGAAAUGGCAGCGAGAGCUCACGAAGUGGCGGCAAUCGCGCUUCGAGGGCGGUCGGCCUGUUUAAACUUUUUUGAUUCCGCUUGGAAGCUGCUAGUUCCGGCCUCCAUUGAUGCUAAGGGCAUUCAGAAAGCGGCAGCAGAAGCAGCCAUGGCCUUUGGGCAACCGAAUUCCGGGUCUUCGGAGGCGGUGUCUCAAGAUGAUAUAAUGGAGGAAGCCGCCGCUAUAUGGCCGAGAAAUGCUUUCUUUACCGAUGAGGAAGCUCUUUUUGGAAUGCCAGGGUUGAUUGACAAUAUGGCUAAAGGGUUGAUGCUACCUCCACCUUGCUGCAAUGAUACUGAUGACCAAGUAUAUGCUGACGUUUCUUUAUGCAGUUAUUCCAUUUAG